AGGCCUCCAGCUUCUUUCAGCGCUUGUUGUGUUCCGGCGGCAACGUCAUGGCGCGAUGGUUACACGAAGUAUAGGCGGCCAUAGUAGUUUUCACAAUGCCCGAGGAAACUACUGAAAACGAACCAUAAGACUGAGGAGAAGCGUUCAAUGGCAGAUUGCCAGCUCUCUCCACGGCUCCUGGUUCUCCAGCGACAACCUGCCGUGUACUUUUAGUGGGAUCGCGCAGAAAAGGAUUCGUCUCAAUACUGAAAUCGAAAUAUUCAUGAGCCAGGAGGCAUUCAAGACGGAGAAAUGGGCUGAUGUGGAACGGUCUUCCUGCACUGGACAUAAGUUCGGUGAACAAUGGCAUCAUGUCAAAGCAACCGAUUUACCUCACGGAACUAUAGAUGGUAAGGAGUACUCCUCUGUCAAUAACUUCGAUGCUUGUUGGGAUGACGGAGCACGCUUCUACGGGGAAAGUGUGGCUCACCUCCGAGCACCGCCACAUACAGUGGCGCAAAACUUUCAGCUCCACCGCUCCAGCAUCUAGCAGCCCACCAUUCACCUCCAAGACAGCUCCAUUAAGCACCAUAAAUCAGAGAGAACCCAUCAUGAAUCCCCCACCGCCACCGACCAUCGACCUCCUCCUCAACCUCAUCGACACCCGCCCCAACUCCAUCCUCACCUCCCUCUCCCAACACCCGCACCUAGCCUCCGCCUCCGACUCCCACGGCUACUCCCUUGUCCACGCCGCCGUAUCCUACAACCAGCCCCAAGUCCUCCGCGAACUCAUCCAAACCUACAAAGUCAACGUAAACCUACUGGACGAAGACGGAGAAUCGCCGUUAUUCGCGGCGGAGAACGUCGCGAUAGCGAAGAGCCUAGUUGAGGACUUCGGCGCAGAUUGGAGGUUGAAGAAUUCAGAGGGGAAGACGGCGGAGGAGAGGAUCGCGGAAGAGGAGGGCGAGGAUCAUGAAGUCGCUAUCUAUCUACGCGGAUUGCGAACUGGGGGAAGCGGUAGUGCAAAUGGCAAUGUCGCCAACGGCGCUGAUGUCCCGGACCUCUCCGGUCUCCCAGGCGGCGUGAAAAUUAAUAUAGACACCAUGGCCGAGGACGAGGUGGGCGAUGCACCAGACCCUGAGAUACGGCGGCGGAUAGAGGAGUUGGCUGCGCGGGACGACUUUCAAACAGAAGAGGGGCAGAGGCGGUUAAGGGAGUUGGUAACGGAGGUAGUUUCUGGAAUGGGAGCGGAGGAGGCUGCCCGGAGUGUGAGGAGGAGGGUGGAAUGAGGGAAGGAGGGAAUUGAGUUUCUGGAUAUUGAGAUGCUUGGCAGUGUGAUGAGAACGCGUACCCCCAGCUUGGGGACGUUCGUCAUUCCAGGGUCGAGGAAAACAAGAUAGCCAUGGGCAUGGGUUGAAGCAUGGCGCCGCGAGGCGCACAUGAAAUGGCCAUGUUGAAGAGAGGUCGACGACCAAGGUCAUAGUCACACGUGGCCACGCGGCAGGACCCAAGCCAUAGGGAGGAUGAAUUGAAGAUGGCAGAGCACAUGCGCGGGAUUGCGCUGUGAAUGGUAUAAGCCAAAUCGAAAUUACAGCAAUUACAGCUUCUGC